ACCGGAAGCGCUGCGCUAGCCGCCUAGCUUAACGUUGGUGAAAAAAUGUGCAUGAAAUAUUCACAUGCACAAGUUACAGAUAAUAAACCAUUUCUUUUUCUUUAAGUGGGUAUUUAUCCCAGGCAGAUAAGCUGUUUGGCAGGAGCCGGUGUUGUCAUUCUGUGCCCAGACUCUGUGGGUUUAUGACUAAAACAUGCCUGAAAUUAAAGUCACACCGUUAGGUGCUGGACAGGAUGUGGGCCGCAGCUGCAUCCUCGUCUCCAUCGGGGGUAAAAACAUCAUGCUGGACUGCGGGAUGCACAUGGGAUACAACGAUGAUAGACGUUUCCCAGACUUCUCCUACGUAAUCCAGAACGGGCGUCUGACAGACUUUUUGGACUGCGUUAUCAUCAGUCAUUUUCACCUUGACCACUGUGGCGCUCUGCCCUACAUGAGUGAGAUGGUGGGCUACGACGGACCCAUCUACAUGACCCAUCCCACCAAGGCUAUUUGUCCCAUUUUACUGGAAGAUUUCAGGAAGAUCACUGUUGACAAGAAGGGGGAAACCAACUUCUUCACAUCUCAAAUGAUUAAGGACUGCAUGAAGAAAGUGAUUCCUCUCAACCUCCACCAAACCGUGCAGGUGGAUGAUGAGCUUGAGAUCAAGGCGUACUAUGCAGGCCAUGUCCUGGGAGCUGCUAUGGUGCACAUCAAAGUGGGAUCAGAGUCUGUGGUCUACACUGGAGACUAUAAUAUGACACCUGACAGACAUUUAGGUGCUGCGUGGAUAGAUAAGUGCCGUCCAGACAUCCUGAUAUCAGAGUCUACAUAUGCCACAACCAUCCGGGACUCGAAAAGAUGCAGAGAAAGAGACUUUCUGAAGAAGGUGCAUGAAUCUAUAGAACGAGGAGGAAAGGUUCUCAUUCCAGUCUUCGCUUUGGGUCGAGCACAAGAACUCUGCAUCCUUUUGGAAACAUUUUGGGAGAGAAUGAACCUCAAGGCUCCAAUCUACUUUUCCACAGGGCUAACAGAGAAAGCGAAUCAUUACUACAAACUUUUCAUAACAUGGACGAACCAGAAGAUUCGUAAAACCUUUGUACAGAGAAACAUGUUUGAGUUUAAGCACAUCAAAGCCUUCGAUCGCUCUUACGCUGACAAUCCUGGACCAAUGGUGGUGUUCGCCACACCGGGUAUGUUGCACGCCGGUCAGUCUUUGCAGAUAUUCAAGAAAUGGGCUGGGAACGAAAAGAACAUGGUAAUCAUGCCUGGGUAUUGUGUACAAGGAACUAUUGGUCAUAAGAUCCUAAAUGGGCAAAGAAAACUGGAGAUGGAAGGAAGAACUACACUGGACGUGAAGCUGCAGGUGGAGUACAUGUCUUUCAGCGCUCAUGCAGAUGCAAAGGGCAUCAUGCAGCUCAUCCGCAUGGCGGAGCCUCGUAACAUGCUUCUCGUGCACGGCGAGGCCAUCAAGAUGGAGUUCCUCAAGGGCAAAAUCGAACAGGAGUUUAGCAUAGACUGCUACAUGCCGGCCAACGGAGAGACGACCACUGUGACUACAAACCCCAGCGUUCCUGUGGAUAUGUCGCUCGGCCUGCUCAAGAGGGAGAUGGCUCUUGGAGGAAGUAACGAUGAAGACCUGGGGAGCUACCUGUCGACUCUGCUGAAGAAGGGCCUCCCGCCUGGGUUGUGCUGAAACAACGUGCUGUCUCAAAACAAAGAUUGUUUUAAAGAGGAAAGUAGUUAGUGGAGACUGCGUUCUGUUCCAGAAGAUGUCAGUUGUUUACUUGUAAACAACAACAAGGCUUCAUCACAUGUACAUAACAACAAGGUUUCCUCACAUGUACAUAAGUUCCUGUCCUGUUGGUAAACUCCUUCUGAUAAACAUCCAGAGACUCAUUUAUAAAGAAAUAAGAGACCCAAGUUCUGAAUUUUUUUUUUCUUCAAA